AAAAGAAAAAGAUGGAGAGUAUAUGAAGGGAGAAGAUCUCGAGGCAAUCGUCAAAAGAGGCUGUAUCACAUUCUCGGAUCCAUCUCUCUUCCGGAAAAUGAGUUCGAAUUUGAAAGUGCACUCCUUUGAAGAGGUUAGCAAGCACAAUCAUCAAAAGGAUUGCUGGCUUAUCAUCUCCGGAAAGGUGUUUGAUGUGACCCAGUUCUUGGACGAUCAUCCGGGAGGCGACGAAGUCUUGAUAACUGCAACGGGGAAAGAUGCAACAGAUGAUUUUGAGGAUGUUGGGCAUAGCGAUUCCGCGAGAGAGAUGUUGGAUAAGUAUCUGAUCGGCGAGAUUGACGUAAACACCCUUCCAUUGAAAGAUCAGUACAUACCACCACCAAAAGGAGUACAGAAUGAUUCAUCAUCCAGUGUGUUUAUUAAGCUACUGCAAUUUGUUGUGCCUCUCUUGAUAUUGGGUUUAGCAUUCUAUUUGAAGCAGUAUGGCAAAAAAGAGUAAAGUAAAAACUCUUCUGAAGAAAGCAGACAGAUACUCUAUUUCUUUGCUUUUUACCAUUUUUAAGAUUGGAUUGAACCUGAAUUGUCAUCAUCAUUUAUUUUGAUUUAGGGUUUGUUUUCCUAAAGAUUUUCAUUGUAAAACUGCAUCCAGUUCUAUAAUCUUAUAUUAUCCUUGAUUUUAUA